AUGGAGGUGAGCGGGCCUGAGGACGAUCCCUUCCUGUCUCAGUUUCAUCAGGUGCAGUGCCCUGUGUGCCAGCAAAUGAUGCCUGCCACCCACAUCAACUCGCAUCUGGACCGCUGCCUCCUCUUGCACCCCGCAGGUCAGGCGGAGUCCGCAGCCGGGUCGCACAGCGCCGGAGAACCAGCCAAAGGGCCAUCACCGCCGCUUGCCAAAAGGCGGCGGCACUCAGAGAGCUCUGCCCCAAAGCAGCCCGCCACCCCGACGGCGGCCGAGAGCAGCGAGGGCGAAGGCGAGGAGGGUGACGACGGCGAGACGGAGAGCCGGGAGAGCUACGACGCACCGCCCACGCCCAGCGGCGCCCGCCUCAUUCCGGACUUCCCUGUGGCGCGGGUCAGCAGCCCGGGCAGAAAAGGGUCGGGCAAAAGGCCGGCCGCCUCGGCCGCUGCAGCGAGGAGCGCAUCUCCACGGAGCUGGGACGAGGCAGAGGCGCAGGAGGAGGAAGAAGUGGUGGGAGACGGCGACGUGGACGGUGAUGGCGAGGAAGACCAGGGGUCCUGGGAUGCCGAGGCGGUGGACGCGGCCGCCACAGCAGCUUUUGGGGGCAGCGGCGGGGGGCGAUCGCAUUCGCUGGCGAUGACCACUGAAGAGAUCAGGCAGAUGCUGGCGGGCAAGCCGCUGGCCGAUAAGAUGCGCCCUGGCACGCUGCAGGACUACAUCGGGCAAAGCCGAGCUGUGGGGCAGGAGACGUUGCUCAGGUCCCUCCUGGAGACGAACGAAAUCCCCUCAUUAAUUUUGUGGGGGCCGCCAGGCUGUGGCAAGACCACUCUGGCUCACAUAAUUGCAAACAACAGCAAGAAGCACAGCAUAAGGUUUGUGACACUGUCUGCAACAAAUGCCAAGACAAAUGAUGUGCGAGAUGUUAUAAAGCAAGCUCAAAAUGAAAAAAACUUUUUCAAAAGGAAAACUAUCCUUUUUAUUGAUGAGAUUCAUCGGUUCAAUAAGUCUCAGCAGGAUACUUUUCUUCCUCACGUGGAACGUGGGACAAUUACCCUGAUUGGAGCCACCACAGAAAACCCUUCCUUCCAGGUCAAUGCGGCUCUUCUGAGCCGCUGCCGUGUGAUUGUUCUUGAGAAGCUUCCAGUAGAGGCAAUGGUGACGAUUUUAAUGCGAGCAAUCAACUCCCUGGGAAUCCAUAUCCUGGACUCAAGCCGGCCCACUGACCCACUGAGCCACAGCAGCAACACCACUUCUGAGCCCCCUGUGCUCAUAGAGGAUAAAGCCGUGGAUACAUUGGCUUAUCUCAGUGAUGGAGAUGCCCGAACUGGACUGAACGGGUUGCAGCUGGCAGUUCUGGCCAGGUUAAACUCAAAGAAGAUGUUUGGUAAAAAAGGUGGGCAAAGCUAUUCUCCCAGUCGAGUUCUGAUCACAGAGAAUGACGUGAAGGAGGGACUACAGCGAUCCCACAUCCUGUAUGACCGAGCAGGGGAAGAGCAUUAUAACUGCAUAUCUGCGCUUCACAAGUCCAUGCGUGGCUCAGACCAAAAUGCCUCUCUCUACUGGCUGGCUCGCAUGCUUGAAGGAGGAGAAGACCCUCUCUACGUGGCGAGGAGACUUGUGAGAUUUGCCAGUGAGGAUAUAGGUCUGGCAGACCCGUCUGCAUUAACACAAGCAGUUGCUGCCUACCAAGGCUGUCAUUUUAUAGGCAUGCCUGAAUGUGAGGUGCUUCUGGCCCAGUGUGUUGUCUAUUUUGCCAGAGCCCCCAAAUCUAUUGAGGUUUACAGCGCCUACAACAAUGUCAAAGCGUGCUUGAGGAACCACCAGGGGCCCUUGCCUCCUGUCCCACUGCACCUUAGAAAUGCACCCACCAGGCUGAUGAAGGAUCUGGGCUAUGGCAAAGGCUACAAGUACAACCCCAUGUACAGUGAGCCUGUGGACCAGGAGUACCUGCCCGAAGAACUGCGAGGAGCUGACUUCUUCAAGCAGCGGCGAUGCUGACUC